AUGAAUGACACUAUGCAACGAUUCGUUGUGAUUUUCGCAGUUAUCUCACCAUUGUCCGCAUUUGAAUCCAUAUGCCAGAAUUACCUGGAAGUCGAGAGACAAUUCAAUUGCGGCGAAGAUGGUUACCCAUUAAACUAUGGCUAUAAAAAUUGCCUCAUUUUCACUUCAAAUCAAACCCGUCAAUUAUUCUCGGAAGAAGGCCGCACAUUCGUCGAGUGCUGCUCAAAGUGCUUGAUAACGGCGAUUCGAAACAUUUCCAAGACCGCCGACAAUUGCAAUCAAAUUCAUGAGCAAUCAUUCAAAUCGCACGUCGACUGCUAUCUUUCCUGCGAUUUUUGCAAGGUGUGCAAAACGCAAAAAAUGGCGCUGCUCCACAGCUACGAUUGGACCGAUUUCGCGUCGGUGCUCGCCGUUCAGCAAAUCGCCUCAAUCGUUCGCGAAUGCGGAAUAUUCAAUUGCUUUCUAUGA